GCCCUUGAGGUAAGAUAAAACAUGUCAACAAUUAAUUUCAAAGUGAACUAUCCGUUUAACAUAGACUGAUACAGACUGAUAGGCAUCAAUAUGCAAAAGGGGAAAGAGUUGGACAAAUACACAAAUGUAGAGGAAGUAAAAUAUGAAAUAGGAGGUUUUAGAGAAAUAAACAAAUGAUGUGCUGACCUGAAUGAGGGAUGAGAGCAGAUAUAAUAAUCACGUAGUGUAAAUCUGCAGACAGAAACAUCAGACUCAGGACAGAAACACACGACCUCUAAAAAAUGGAGCAAACUCAAUAUUUGAUUCUUCUUCUCAUUGCUCUCUGCUCCGUAUCUGAAUGUGUUCAGCGUCAGUAUCACUUUAUAAACGUGAGGAAGAACUGGACUGAAGCUCAGAGAUUCUGCAGAGAGAAUUACACAGAUCUGGCCACCGUUGACGACAUGAACGACAUGAACGAGCUGAAGAAGAGUGUGAAUGAUGGAGGUGUUCAGGAUAUCUGGAUUGGGCUGCAGAAGACGGGUGUUGAUAAAUGGCAGUGGUCUUCAGGUGAACCUGCGCUCUAUCUGAACUGGGCAUCUGGACAACCUAAUGCUGGAGAUCAGGAGUGUGCUAUAAUGAAAAAUGGAGGUUGGAGUAAUGGACAAUGGCAUGAUUUGUCAUGUAGUGACAAUAUCAAUUUCAUCUGCAAUUCAUCUAACAACAUGAGCACAGGACUCGUCUUUGUCAAUCAGACGAAGAACUGGACAUACGCUCAGAGUUUCUGCAGACAGAAUCACAUUGAUCUGGUCAGUGUGAGGAACCUGAAUGAGAAUCAACAGAUUCAGAAGUUCAUCAAUGAUAAUCACAUAUCGACUGAUGUCUGGAUCGGUCUGUUCACCGUCAAAGCUCCAUUGCAGUGGUCAGAUCAGAGUAACUCCUCUUUCAGAAACUGGGGUCCUGGUGAACCUGAUAAUCAUGGAGGAAAUGAAAACUGUACAAUGAUCAAACAGAGUGCUCAGGGUCAAUGGGCAGACAUCUCUUGCAACUACCAGUUUCCUUUUGUGUGUCAUGAAGAUAAACUGAUUCUGAUCAAUGAGACUCUGACGUGGACUGAAGCUCUGAGAUACUGCAGACAGAAUUAUACGGAUCUGGUCUCGGUUCAUUCAGGCCAGAUGCAGGAGGAGGUGAUGAAUGUGGUUAAACGUGCGUCUACUGAGGCGGUGUGGUUGGGUUUACGUCACUCCUGCACUGUGGGCCUCUGGUUCUGGGUGAGCGGAGAGACCGUGUGCUAUCAGAACUGGGCUCCAGGGAACGGCACAGACGAGGACUGUGAGCGUACAGUGAGAUCUGGAGCAGUUCAGUCUGGAGGAGAUCAGCGCUGGAUCAGCCGUCCUGAACACGAUAAACUCAACUUCAUCUGCAGCAGAUAUGAAGACUGAAGGAGAUGUGUGUGUUCUUACAUAACUGGCAAACACUUCUUGUACUCUUUUUAUCAAUUUACAAUGAUAAUUUCUGUAACUGAAGAUUAUCGUGCAAGUCUUUAAUAUAAACUAUUGCACACUAUGUUUUAAAUACUCGAUGAAAUUAAAAUACAUUUUAAAAUGUGGAUAUUAAUUUGCAUUAAUAUGUUUAAAUAUUGAAUAUAACUCAAUAUUAUAUUUUUGACACAGUUGAUUUCAUGGGAUUUUGGUGGUUUGGCUUUCUUCUAUUCUCUGCUGUGUUUUGGA